GCAGAGUACACUUGACCCCCGGCAGCCAGGAGCGAUCACGCGCAUGCCGCGCGAGCCCGGGCCCCGGCCCGGGCGCGGGGGCGGGGGCGAGGGCGGGGCGAGCGGUCCCCGCCAGGGCCCAAGUCCCACCUUCGGGGGCGGUGCCUGGCCCGGGGAGUGUCAGGAAGAGGAAGAGCGCGGCCGGCGGCGCUGCGCUGCGAGCAGGGGCCCGGCCAAGGCGAGUGCCGCGCGGGCCACCAUGGCCACGGACGAGCUGGCCACCAAGCUGAGCCGGAGGCUGCAGAUGGAGGGCGAGGGCGGCGGCGAGACCCCGGAGCAGCCCGGGCUGAACGGGGCAGCGGCGGCGGCGGCGGGGGCGCCCGACGAGGCGGCGGAGGCGCUGGGCAGCGCGGACUGCGAGCUGAGCGCCAAGCUGCUGCGGCGCGCAGACCUCAACCAGGGCAUCGGCGAGCCCCAAUCGCCCAGCCGCCGCGUCUUCAACCCCUACACCGAGUUCAAGGAGUUCUCCAGGAAGCAGAUCAAGGACAUGGAGAAGAUGUUCAAGCAGUAUGAUGCCGGGCGGGAUGGCUUCAUCGACCUGAUGGAGCUAAAACUCAUGAUGGAGAAACUUGGGGCCCCUCAGACCCACCUGGGCCUGAAAAACAUGAUCAAGGAGGUGGAUGAGGACUUUGACAGCAAGCUGAGCUUCCGGGAGUUCCUCCUGAUCUUCCGCAAGGCGGCGGCCGGGGAGCUUCAGGAGGACAGCGGGCUGUGCGUGCUGGCCCGCCUCUCCGAGAUCGACGUCUCCAGUGAGGGCGUCAAGGGGGCCAAGAGCUUCUUUGAGGCCAAGGUCCAGGCCAUCAACGUGUCCAGCCGAUUCGAGGAGGAGAUCAAGGCAGAGCAGGAGGAAAGGAAGAAGCAGGCAGAGGAGAUGAAGCAGCGGAAAGCGGCCUUCAAGGAGCUGCAGUCCACCUUUAAGUAGCGGGGGUGCAGCCGACCGCCCUGCUCCAGCCCCAAUGUGGCGGGCAAGGGUGGCGCAUGGGAGGCCGAGCCUGAAUCCUUGCCUGUGUCUGACGGGACCACUACUAAAAACCUAAAAAUGUCUGUGAAUGGGGCAAGUUCAGGGGUCUCAUGGAGGUGGCCCAGCCCCUCCCCGCUCCCUUCCACUCUUCACGAGGCUGCGACACCGGCGCUGGCUCCCUGCCCGGCCCGGCCUUCCCUGGCAAUCCCUGGGCUCUCUUGCACCCCUAACUGCCCCGCUGCCUGCUCCAGCACUGCCCCGGGCCCAGCUCUUGGCCCUAGGUCCCUCCCGGCCCCAUGUGCCUACCCUCCACACGUCCCUGUCCCCCCAGCCUGGGAACCCCUGCCCUCCUCCAGCAGGCUGCACCGCCCCUGGGGCCCCCUGCCAGCCCCUUCCCAGGCUGGGAGACAGCAGAAGAGAUAGAAUCAGGGCUGCCCCCACGGAGUGGGACCCAGGGGCUUAUUGGAGGCACGAGGGGACCCCUCCCCAGGGCCUUUUCCUCCACCUCUGCCUCUUCCAUCUACUGAAAUGGGAGAGGAGGUGGGGAGCUUCUGUUCUGGUGAAGGGACCCAGGCCCCCAGCACCCCAUGCUGACUUGGAGAACCCCAGAUCUCUGGGGCCCAGCCAGGCAGGGUGUGGGGGCAGCUGUGCCAAUCUACCUCACAGGCCCACCCCCUGCCGGGCAUGCCGUGGGAUCAUGGGCAGGGAAGGCUCUGGGGGUCGGAGACACUGCUCCUUAGCACCCCAGCCAGAACACCCUGAGGGUCCCAGGGGGCUCUGGAGAGAGUGGGGUGGGAGGAAGAAUUGGCGCCUUCCUAGGGAAGGAAAGGAGCGCUUCAUCUUGAUUCUCCGAGAAGCGUCCGAGAAGUGCUUUAAGUGUGUUUGCAUGCGCCAGGCGGUGGGCAGCGGGGGCCUGUCCAGCCCUCUACCGCCAUCCUUCCCCAAGUGAUGUCCACUGCCUUGUCACCAGCGACCUGCCUGUCAUGCCCACCCCCUGAGGAAGCAUGGGGACCCCAACCCCCUGGUGCCCUGCAGCAGACAGGCCGUGGUCAGGCCCAUGCCACCGGCCCGGUUCGACCACAGCUUCCCACGUGCUUGCUGACAUACGUGUGCCUGUGUGUGGUGUCUGUUGCUGUGUCGUGAAACUGUGACCAUCACUCAGUCCAAACAAGUGAGUGGCCCUCGAGGUCACAGUUAUGCAACUUUCAGUGUGUGUCAUAACGGCGUCACUGCUUUUUAAACUCGGUAACUCUUUAUUUUAGUAAAAUGCCCCAGGAGUCCUCGAAGCUACGCGGGCUUGCAGAGGUUUUAUUUUUUGGCCUUAGAAUCUGCAGAAAUUAGGAGGCACCGAGCCCAGCGCAGCAGCCUCGGCCCCGGAUUGCGUUUGCCUUAGCGGAUAUGUUUAUACAGAUGAAUAUAAAAUGUUUUUUUCUUUGGGCUUUUUGCUUUUUUUUUCCCCCUUCUCACCUUCCCUGCUCCCCGACCCCCCCAAAAAAAUGCUACUUCUUCAUUCCGUGGUACGAUUAUUUUUUUUAACUAAAAGAAGAUAAAAUUCUAUAUUUUUA